AAGUUUAACGGUUGGUGGCGAUAGCGCUACUCGACUACCGCGUACUGAAGAUCGCGAAGAAGAAAGACCGAGGAGACGGAAAAGUUGUUCCCUGACAUUUAGUAAAAUGCAUCGGAGAGGAGUUGGAGCUGGCGCAAUUGCCAAAAAGAAGCUGGCAGAGGCCAAAUACAAAGAAAGGGGAACUGUUCUUGCAGAAGACCAAAUUGUCCAGAUGUCUAAACAGCUGGAGACCUUCAAAUCAAACCUAGAGGAGUUUGCCAGCAAACACAAACAAGAAAUCAGAAAAAACCCACAGUUCAGGGUUCAGUUUCAGGAGAUGUGUGCCACCAUCGGAGUCGACCCUCUUGCCUCUGGCAAAGGCUUUUGGUCUGAGAUGCUGGGAGUUGGUGAUUUCUACUAUGAGCUUGGUGUGCAGAUCAUUGAAGUAUGUCUAGCUCUGAAACACAGAAAUGGAGGGCUUAUUACUUUAGACGAACUCCAUCAGAGAGUGCUAAAAGGAAGAGGUAAAUACGCUCAGGAUGUAAGCCAGGAUGAUUUGGUGAGGGCCAUAAAGAAACUGAAGGUGAUGGGCAACGGUUUCGGGAUGAUUCCUGUUGGUGGUUCUUACUUGGUGCAGUCAGUCCCAGCAGAGCUCAACAUGGAUCAUACUGUAGUUCUCCAGCUAGCUGAGAAAAAGGGAUUUGUUACAGUGAGUGAGAUUAAGGACAGCCUAAAAUGGGAGAAGGAACGAGCCUGCCAUGUCCUGGAUCACCUGCUAAAAGAGGGCCUGGCCUGGUUGGACUCUCAAGCAGCUGGAGAAGCUCAGUACUGGCUGCCUGCUCUCUUCUCUGAGCUGACCUCACGUGACAUCACACCCGAGGAGGCCAACCAGAUGACACCUUAGGGAAGUGAUGGGCUGUAUUUACGACCAUGGCCAUCUUUAGAGACAUGUUGGUAAACAGUAUGUGCCUGGUUGGAAGGUGCAUGUAAUGGAGCUGGCUGGUUCACUGGGGCUGGCGGUCAACAUGAACUUGUGCUGAGAUCAUUUUCUGGACACGAGGAGGGUCACCUCAGUAAUAACCUCUAUGCAAUGAGUGCACUUACAUUGUUCCUGUCACUGGAAACGGACUGAUUCCUGUCAAGCCACAAAUAACAUUCAUUAGCUUCUCUGUGUUGUGGUUUGAAGAUUAUUCAUGCAGUUGCAUGUUGUUUGACUUUUUCAGUAUAAACGUUAACUCUGAAAGAAACACCAGAUGCA